AUGUCUCCAUUACCAGCCCCGGUUGCCAAGGCGGUAGCGAAUAUUCGCGACGAGGAGGAGGAGAGCCGCCACCCCUCUCCUCAGCCGUCUCACAUCUGCCUCCCUCACCAGCCUCUGAGGAAACCCACCUUGGGUUAUAUCGCUCCUACCUUCGCGGAAAAGCCAGUCCAGAAGCUUGAAGUAACAAAACUUGUUGAGGAGGCUGGCCUGAUCCCCGCCUCUCAGAUCAACGAUCAGAUCGAGUUUUUCUAUGAAAAGCUCGGUAUUGACGAUGUAUACUUCAACUUGGAGAAGCCUAGCGUGAUUGCUAGCCAAAUUACCUCCCUGUACGCUGCCAAGGUUGCGGCGCUUGCCCGCGAGGACAAGCGAGAGGAGAUCCGCCUUGACAUGGAGGCCGAGGACCAUGCCAUCUACAUCGAUACCAGCGAACCUGGAAAGUCUGGCCUGAACGGCCCCAGGUAUGAGGAGAGGCUUGAGGCCAAAUACCUUGACCAUGUCGGCAAGACCAAGUUCAGGGUCGAGACUUUCCGUUCUCCUGGCGCCCUUGGUGCCAAUCACGGCUCCAAGUCCACCCUCCGCUGCUACUUCGUCUAUCAGUGCCAGUUCCGCCAGUCGCCAGAGGAGACUGACCCCAAGGAAUCGCGCCUCGAGCUUAUUUCCGACAACGGCUUCUGGCAGAAGGCCACGAACAACACCAAGCAGAUCUACCAGGAAGUCAUCAACCUGGCCGUUAGCCGAACCGGUCCCGUGAUUGAAGUCUUCGACCUUCCCGGCAGCGAGGAGAAGCGACUGAUCAUUGCUUUCCGAAGCCGUACCGCCCGAGGUCUGUUCUCCGAGCUCAGCGAUCUCUACCACUACUACGGAGUUACUAGCUCUCGCAAGUAUGUGGAGCAGUUCUCCAAUGGCGUUACCGUCAUGUGCGUGUACCUUAAGCAGGCCACCAACCUUGAGGGCAACUUCCCUCCUCUUGAAGAGUCCAUCCACCAGAUCACGAAGGAGAUUUCGCUCCUCUACUGCCUUCCCCAUAACAAGCUUCACGGCUUGUUCGCCGCUGGCGAACUGAGCCUUCAGGAGGCCAUUUAUGGCCACUGCGUCUGGGUAUAUAUCCAGCAUUUCCUCAACAGGUUGGGUCCCGAAUACGUGACCCUUUCACAACUCCUUGACCUCAAGGACAAUGCCCAGUUAUCGUUGCUCAGCAAGCUCAAGCGCCGACUCCGUACUGAGACGUUUUCUCCCCAGUACAUCUUGGAGAUCAUCAAGUCAUACCCGUCCCUCCUUAGGGCGCUGUAUGCGUCAUUUGCCACCGUCCAUCUGGGUCUCACGAAUGCUAACGGAACCAACGGUACUAAUGGCACCAACUCCGGCCGACGCAGCCCCAAGCUGGCUCUGGAGCCUAUGUCUGACGAUAAGCUGAAGGAGAAGAUCUCGGCUACGGUCACCAACGAGAAUGAUGAGAUGGUAAUGACCGCCUUCCGUGUCUUCAACAACGCUGUCCUCAAGACCAACUUCUUCACGCCGACAAAGGUGGGCCUCUCUUUCCGCCUCGAUCCUUCUUUCCUGCCCUCCACGGAAUACCCCAACCCUCUCUACGGCAUGUUCCUCUUCAUCUGCGGUGAGGCUCGUGGGUUCCAUCUUCGUUUCAGGGAUAUUGCCCGUGGAGGUAUCCGCAUCGUCAAGUCGCGAAGCAAGGAAGCCUAUGCUGUCAACGCCCGAAACCUCUUCGACGAGAACUACGCCCUGUCGAGCACUCAGCAACGCAAGAACAAGGAUAUUCCCGAGGGCGGCGCCAAAGGUGUUAUUCUCCUAGAGCCUAAGCAGCAGGACAAGGCCCGCGAGGCGUUUGAGAAGUACAUUGACAGCAUCCUUGAUCUCUUGCUCCCGGCCCAGACACCCGGCAUCAAGAACCCCCUCGUCGACCUCUACGGCAAGGAGGAAAUCCUCUUCAUGGGACCUGACGAGAACACUGCCGAGCUUGUCGACUGGGCUACUGAGCAUGCCCGCGCUCGCGGAGCGCCUUGGUGGAAGUCUUUCUUCACCGGCAAGUCUCCCAAGCUUGGCGGUAUCCCUCAUGAUACCUACGGCAUGACGACUCUCGGUGUUCGCCAAUACGUCACUGGCAUUUACCGCAAGCUGAACCUUGACCCCUCCACUGUCAGGAAGAUGCAGACCGGUGGCCCCGAUGGAGAUCUCGGCAGUAACGAGAUCCUUCUCAGCAAUGAGAAGUAUACAUCCGUUGUUGACGGUUCGGGUGUCCUCGUCGACCCCAACGGAAUCGAUAAGGAGGAGCUCCUCCGUCUGGCCAAGAAGCGCGUCAUGAUUAACCACUUUGACGUGUCGAAGCUUUCCAAGGACGGAUACCGCGUGCUCUGCGACGACUCCAACAUCACCCUCCCGACCGGAGAGGUUAUUUCCAAUGGCACUGCAUUCCGCAACACGUACCAUCUCCGUGACACUGGUUUGACUGACUGCUUCGUGCCCUGCGGUGGUCGUCCCGAGUCGAUUGAUGUAGUGACGGUGAACAAGCUGAUCAAGAACGGCCGUGCUACCAUCCCCUACAUGGUUGAAGGUGCCAACCUCUUCAUCACUCAAGACGCCAAGCUCCGCCUUGAGGCUGCGGGAUGCGUUCUCUUCAAGGAUGCCAGCGCCAACAAGGGUGGUGUCACUUCCUCCUCUAUGGAGGUACUCGCCAGCUUGUCGUUUGAUGACGAGAGCUUCGUCGAGAAGAUGUGUGUCGACGCUAAGACUGGUGAGGCGCCCCAGUUCUACAAGGACUACGUCAAGGAAGUGCAGGCCAAGAUUCAGGAGAACGCCCAGCUCGAGUUUGAGGCCAUCUGGAGCGAGCGUGAGAGGACAGGUGAGCCCCGCUGCAUCAUCUCCGACAAGCUCUCGGCUGCUAUCACCCAGCUCGAUGAGGAACUUCAGCACUCCGAGCUCUGGGAUAACACGGCUAUCCGCCGUGGUGUCCUGGGUGAUGCUCUGCCCAAGCUUUUGCAGCAAGAGAUCGGUCUUGACACGAUGAUUUCGCGCGUCCCCGAUUCGUACCUGAGGGCCAUCUUCGGCAGCUUCCUCGCCAGCCGAUUCAUCUACCAGUAUGGCAGCUCGCCAAGCCAGUUUGCCUUCUACGACUUCAUGUCGAAGGUCAGGGCUAAGCUCGAGGGUGUUGAGCCUUAA